AUGUGGAUCACAGUUAUCUUUUUGACGCUAGCAAUAUAAUAAAUAGACUCAAAAUAGCAACAAUAAGGUCCUUUAGACUCAAAUUAUAACUACUCUGAGAUUAAGAAAUCACAUCCUCGUCAGAGAGAGUUUAGUAAAUCAAUGUUACAGAUCCAACUAGAUGGUGAAACAGUUAUUGAGCAUUAUGCUACUAAAAUUGAUACCACGACUACUCAAGCUCCUCGAGAGUAAAAAGCAAGAACACUUUAAACCAUUUACAAUGAUACAACAGGCUAUAUAAUUUAUUCUGGUGGAACAACAUCUCGUGUUACAUUAAGAGGGAUCUAAACAACGACUAAGAAAACAAAUACAACUACUACAAAAUAGACUUCAACUACUACCAAAAAGGCAUAUUAUAGAAGUAGGAGGAGUGGUACAGAUAUAAUUAUUUUAACAUCUGUUUUGCCUGCGCUUGCUCCAACUUUAGGUAUGUUUUUGAUUUUUGUUGGUUGCUGUUGGUGCGCAAUGUGCAGGAGAGUCAGAUUUAGAAAUGGAAUAAUGUAGGCCUAAUGCAUUUGCACUAACUGCAAAAGAAAAAAGCCUAGAUAUUAAAGAGAGGCAUCUGCGUAUAAAAAAGCUAUAGACAGAGGUGUAGUAUCAGAACCUAAUACUGAUAUAAUGAGAUUAGUUGCAUAAAGUUAAGCAUAAAAUCAAGUAAUCAUUCAAGGACCUGCAUUUGGAGCUCCUAAUUAUUUCUAUCCAACAGUUACUGGUGGAGCAGUCAUUAAUCCAAACGGUCAAAAUGUUUAUGGAUAACCUUUAGGAUAUAAUCAAAAUUAGGUAUUCCCGAUGGCCUAUGGCAGUUAACCAAUAUUAGAUCCUAAUUAAUAAAUGGCUCUUUAACAAUAGCAUCAAAUGCAAAUGAAUAAUUAGGCUUUUGGAUAUCAAGUAAACCCUGUUCAAUAUCCCAUUAUUAAUAAUACCAACGAAGGAGUUUCCUAAAAUACUCUUCAAACUUAUCCAGAUUAAAACAUUUCUUAGAUUGGUCUUAUUUCAAACUAAAUUGGUUAAAAUCAGCCUCAAAAUGAUCUAUCAGUUAUUUACGAUUAAAAUCAAAAUUUUAAUCUUGAAUAGAAAAAAUAAUGA